AUGUAUAAACAAUCCGCACUUGAAAAUGAUGGGGUGGAACUCAACUUCAUGAAUGAUGAAAACAAAUAUUCGCCUCGAAACGAUCAAGAACUCUGUGAAUUUCUAUGCAGAUUCGUGUCGAAGGGUAUCUUCAGGUUUACCGUAUUCAUCGAGACGCUAUCAAAACCAUUUAACUCCUGGACCUUCCUUAAAGUGUGUGAGCUCUAUGAGCUUAGCGAUAACCCGAAUUCUGACAUUGAUGUGUACCAUCGUUUUCAUUGUGGUUCUGCUGACCUAGAUAACGAAAAGUCUAAAGCCGUGCUUAAGCAUCUAAUGGCUGAAUUGGACCUUCGUAAAAAGACAACCCAUUGA